CUGUUAUACAUUUCAGAUGUCUGUCCCGCUGGCUUACCGGCAGGCGGUGGCCCAACAUCUUGUGGUGAGGACAAUCCAUGCAGAGACGGAUAUGAAUGCGUUACCGCCGGUGCUUCUCAAUAUUGUUGCCCAUCAAGAGAAAACGCCUGCUCUUUGCCACGACAUUCCGGCUCAGCGUGUGCUAACUCUCGUCCGGCCAUUACUCGUUAUUACUUUGAUGUGUCGACUGGUUCUUGCCGAUCGUUUCAGUUUAGUCAGUGUGGAGGUAAUGCUAACAAUUUCAACAGUCUUGAAGAAUGUGAAGGGUUCUGUCUGGACACUCAAUGUCAACAUGGACAGGCAUAUCGCGUUGGUGCCGUGAACGCUGUAUGUGCUCUUACAGCUACGAAUACAUGCCCUCAGUCGCACUCAUGUAUGAGUCCAGUAUUCGGGCCAUCUGCAGUAUGCUGCCCAAAUCCUGAGCUAACCUGCAAUGAAAUGGUCUCUGCUGGAACACCCUGUUUUGGCCGAUCUGUCACUAUUCAGCGAUUUUACUUCAACCCAUCGACCAGGAAAUGUCAAGCCUUCCAGUACUACGGUUGUAACGGCAAUGGAAACAACUUCCACAGCAUGCAAAGUUGCCAAGACCACUGCUUGAACUCCGCAGAAAGCGGUUCUACCUCUGUUGUAGCUUGCAAUGUAGAUGCAGAUGAAUGCCCAAGUGGAAAUUCUUGUGUCGAGUCAAGCUCCGUUCCUGGAUUCCAUAUGUGUUGCUCAACAACCGGCUCCGUAAGCCGCCGUCCGAAUGGCUUUGGUAGUGCAAGGAAGGAACCGAACACUCUUGCAGCGCUCAUCAGAAGGUACGCUCCAAGUUCCACUGUGAUCGAGUUCGUACUUUAUAAAUUUGAAUUUGCGCAGUUUUCAUGA